CGCCGAACUGGUUUUUACAGUUGCGUGUGUGCUCUAGCUUCUAAAGGAGUUUCAUGUCUGCUUGGAGUUCAGUCUGGUUGAGUCGCUCGAAACGAACAUACCACCUACAUACAUACAUUAGUGCAAGUUUAUAAAUAAAUUGUUAAUUUUAUAUUGAGUUGUGGUGCAGUUGUGGAGCGUGAGGUGAAAUGAAUCAGAAUCCUACAGCCGAUUGGGUAGAAAAACACGCCGAAAACAAUCCUCUGAUCGAGAUGAACCUAAUGGGCAACAAACCACCGAUCGCCGGUCCAGAGAUUGACGAUCUGGAUGAAUCGCAAACAUCGGUAGCCCCUUAUCCCGGUAUAGACGAUGGUUUCUUCGAUAAGCCCGAGGAGAUCCCGGAGAUUCACAACAGAUUCGGUGAAGACGAGGCCGAUGCCAAAGUACCGAAUGGUGAUGCUCUUCCGAAUAACAUACCACCGAGCCAUCCAAGGUCUCACCAUCCAUUCCCACAUGCCCCGGGUUACAUUCCCUACGAUAGAAGAACCGAGUACGACAUGGGAGGCUUUUCUGAGCUGGAUAGCAUCCCAGACGUAAACGUUUAUCAACACAAAAAGACCUUGGCACAAGGAAUGAUGGAUUUGGCUCUGUUUUCCGCGAAUGCAAAUCAACUGCGCUACAUCAUCGAGAGCUACGCAAGACACCCAUAUUUCUAUCCAAGCGUCAUCAUGAUUUCAAUAAGCCUAUUGCUACAGGUCGGAAUUGGAGUGGGCUUAAUUUGGAAUGCGCGGUACAACGUCAAAGACAAGAAAGAGAUCUGCGUUGCCAAUAAAAUCAAUAAUUAUACAGUCAUCGGCAUCUUCUUGGUCACAACGAUAAACGUCUUUAUCUCAGCUUUCGGCGUUGCUCCAGCAGCUACUACAGCUACAACUACCACAUGAUCAACGCUUCCCUUUUUUUAUUUUCAACAUUUGUGAUAUUAGUUUUGCUUUAAUCGAUCAUUUUUUAUAUACAUUCAUUUAUAUUAGUAGAGAGUUUUUAAGGCUUCGCUUACAAUCAUUAUUAUUAUAAUUCACAGAAAACCUCAUUAUUCAUGACACAAAGAAUGCGGAAAUGCAUUUAUCGUUAUUCAUUUCCAGUCGGAUGGAUGAUUCACUGAUCUGGAUGGUAGAUUGCAUUUGAGAUUUUA